AUGCCGGAACAAAGCUACCUGAAGCGAUUCAAGGUGAUGAAAAUCAAAGUUCUGCGUUCAUGGUGCAGACAGAUCCUGAAAGGCCUUCACUUCCUGCACACCAGAGCGCCACCCAUCAUUCACAGAGACCUGAAAUGCGACAACAUCUUUAUCACAGGGCCCACGGGCUCAGUGAAGAUAGGGGACCUGGGGUUGGCCACGCUGAAGAGAGCCUCUUUUGCCAAGAGUGUCAUAGGUACACCAGAGUUUAUGGCUCCAGAGAUGUACGAGGAAAAGUAUGAUGAAUCUGUAGACGUCUAUGCUUUUGGGAUGUGUAUGCUGGAGAUGGCUACCUCAGAGUACCCCUACUCCGAAUGCCAAAACGCUGCCCAGAUCUACAGACGAGUUACUAGUGGAGUGAAGCCUGCCAGCUUUGACAAGGUAGCCAUUCCCGAGGUGAAAGAAAUUAUCGACUGCUGCAUCAGAACUAACAAGGAUGAGAGGUAUGCCAUAAAGAUCCUGUUGAACCAUGCCUUCUUCCAGGAGGAAACAGGGGUCAGGGUUGAACUGGCAGAAGAGGACGAUGGAGAAAUGAUCGCUAUUAAACUGUGGCUCAGGAUAGAAGACGUGAAGAAGCUCAAAGGAAAAUACAAAGACAACGAAGCCAUCGAGUUCUCCUUUGACCUGAACAAGGACGUCCCCGAAGAUGUGGCCCAGGAAAUGGUUGAGUCUGGCUAUGUUGCUGAGGCUGACCAUAAGACCAUGGCCAAGGCCAUCAAGGACCGCGUGUCUCUGAUCCGGAGGAAGCGAGAGCAGAGGCAGCUGGUACGAGAGGAACAGGAGAAGAGGAAGCUGGAGGCAGAACAACAACAGCAGCAGCAACAGCAACAACACGAUACACACAAAGCUUCACACACACAGGCAGAGACCGAGGAGACCGAAGUGGAGCAGCACCAGCUUCUCUAUCAGCAGGCGAGCAUCUCACACACAUCUGAAGGAGGCGUGGACAGUGGCCAGGGUUCCUCUGUUUUCUCCUCAGACUCCCCCCACCUGGGUCAGCUGACCAUGUCGUACAGCUGCCCCCCUUCUAGCCAGCCUCCCUCCCAGCCCCAGACCCCCUAUCCCCCCAACCCCUCCGCUACCCCACAGCAGCACCCGGGCUACGCCCAGCCGCUGCAGCCAAUGCAGCAUUCAAUGCCACACCCUUUCAGCGGAGGACCAAGCACAGGAGGAGGAGCAGGAGGGAACGUCCCUCUGCCAACUCUCCCAGACCCCCCGACUAUUUUCUUCCCCUCUAUCCCCGAGCGUCCCAUUUCCUUCUCACCUCCUCCUACUGGGCCUCCAAAGGCCUACAACACUCAGAGACGCAAGAGCACUUCCAUUCUCGAGGCGCAUACCCGACACUUUCAGCCUGCUUACCCUCGUUACGGGAGCAGCCUCCACCCUUUUUCUGGCAUGGAGGGCGUUGAGGCUCCUUCUCUCUUCAUGGUUAAUCCUGGUUUUGCAGCAGCUGCUCAAAGACUUGGUGUUGGGGAACCCCUCCAUCUCCCAGGACAAUCUGAUCCAAGUUUGUAUGGGUUCAAAGACAUGAGAGCAGAGCACGAGGAAGCAGUGAGGAGACUCAGUCUAAAUCAAGCAGCCUUAUUGGACCAUUAUGAAGCAAUGGCAUAUGGAGGCUACCCAAUGACUGCACACCAGCUUUUCCAUCAGCAGAGGCAGGCAGCAGCUGCAGCUGCUGGUUUGGGUUUUGAUCCUGGUCCUCCAUCUCAAGCAGGGUUCUUACAUCCUCAUAUCCUGCAAAGAAUGAGUGCACACAGUCCAAUACCGCCACCCUUACCCCCCAUGAGUGCAUCCACGGUUGGCUCUAUGUCUUCUUCAUCAUCCGAGGGAUGCUAUGCUCCACAGCAUGCUUCCUCAUCCUCCUUUCCUAUUUCUGCACCUCCAGUAAUGCCCGACGCCCCGCCACCUACCGGAAGUGUUUUUGAGUUUCAUUUAGCUGCAGCCGCUGCAGCUGCAGCCGCUGCAGGAGAUCCAAGCCUCCUGGCAUCCAGACUUUACCGGGCCAGACGGAGUUCUAUGGAUCUCCCUCUAGAGGACAGCCCUGGGACGGGAUCCAGUGGCUCCGGCACAUAUAGUCGUCUGCAGCCAGUGACAGAAGAGCUGUACUCUUACGUGAGUCCGGAGCUUCCUUUACCUCCGGGAAGUCUCCUCCUUCACCACACAGGUUUGGCUGUAAAAGACAGAAGUCCCGAUCCUUCCAGCGACUCUCUGACCUCCUCUGAUGCAGGAGAGUUCCAGUCACCACCUCCGCCACCUCAUCCUCCUUCCUUCGAGUUCUCAGCUGCUCAGUCCAUCCCUCGCUCGUCCUCCACUGCGCCUUACGAUUCACCAGGGGGAGUUCUUCACGCAGAUCCUCAGGGGCAUCCGCCUUCAGUGCAGAACUUUCUGCCCACCACACCAUCGUCCGAGCUCCCGCUUGGGGGGUCGUCAUCAAAUCAGCUGGAGUCUCUGAUCCAGAGCUCCUGGGCCCGGCACGGGGGAAUGGUGCCAGCACAACCUGAUAUGACAUACCACGAGUCACUGCUGGCCAUGCAGGCCGCUAACCCCCCUCUGCAGACUCAGGUGUCCUCCCCUCAGCCAACUUCAGGACCUCCUUUGGUCCCUGCCAGCACACAGCCACCACUUUCUGGGACUGCCCAACAGGUUGCCUCAUCUAGCCAGAGUAGCACAUCACUUCAAAGCCCCACACACACACCUCUGCCACAGUCACCUGCACAGCCUGCCUCACAAUCUUCAGAGUUACCUCAGUCCCAGCUACAGCCGCCUCAAGUUCUCUCAUUCAUAGAGAGUGGCCAUUCUGAGACUUCAGGAUUGAGCGACGGCAACGAGGGAGGAGGAGGAGGUCGUCAUGAAGGGCGCCCGGCCAAGCGACACCAGAGACGUUCAGUGCGAAGUCGAUCACACCAUGAGAAGACGACCAAGGCGAAACUCAAUGUUCUCAAUAUCUCCAACCUUGGAGACAGGGUAGCGGAGUGUCAGCUGGAGACCCACAACAGGAAGAUGGUGACCUUUAGGUUUGACUUGGAUGGAGACAACCCUGAGGAAAUUGCCCAGAUCAUGGUCGAGAGUGAGUUUAUCCUGGAGAGCGAGAGAGAGUCAUUUAUUGAACAGGUCAGAGAGGUGAUAGAGAACGCUGAUGCGAAGGGUCUGGAAAGAGAUGCCAACAGCCAGACAAAGAAAACAAUGGCAGGUAACACGGAACAGCAGAAUCCUGCAAUAUCUGCCCCCAUGCAAGGCAUCCCACCCAGUCCAUCUGCACAAGUGGUCCACUCGGCAGGUCGGAGAUUUAUCGUCAGCCUUGUACCCGAGGCGAGGCUGAAGGAACAAAUGCUUCCCACCUCUCCUUCUCUUAUAUUUUCUCCACCUCCAUCACAGACUCCAGGUCAAGGUUUGGGCUUGUCCCAUUCUACAGGAGCAGUCAGCUUACAGCAAGCAUUCUCUGAACUCCGACAGAACCAAAAUCAGCUUGAUUCAGGGCCCAGCACCGCCCCACCCUCCAUCCACUCCACCCAUCCUCCACUUCUGGAGCCUGCAGCAGCUUCUGUCCCUUCACAGAGUAGCACACUCACUCCCACUGUGGAUGCCGCUGCUGGGCAUGUCCCUUCUAAUUUAAACACAACACAGGAUGCCUCUCUUCCUCCUCUUUCUGUAUCCUCGACCCCUUCCGCCAUCCAUCUCAGUCCUCCCUGUUCCUCUUCUUCUCCCCCUACAACAGUGAAUCAAAGCAUCCUUCAAUCACAGGUACUUCCACAGCCAGUAACUCAGGCUGUCUCACAACCCCAGACACAGGUACAAGCACAGCCUCAGCCCCAGGCUUUCAGCCACCCUCAGUCCCAGACAGUUUCUUCUGUGAGUGCUGCUUCAGUACCUUCCACUUUACCAACAGUGGUUCCCCCUCAAAUGCUCACCUCCCCUCCUCUAGCCCACACUAUUCCUUUUGUGUCCUCCCCGCCCUCUUCAUCUCUUAUAGCCAGUGAAAUCUCCUCUGAUCAUUCAUCAGUCUUGCCAGCUCCUUCCCUGACCUCCUCAGUCAUCCCCACCACUGCCAUCCUAGGUCCCCAGCUCGCGCCCUCUGUUGUCUCCCUCCCUGCUCCUACUCCCUCAUCUUCCGCUGGAGGACUUCUGCCGGUGACCACAAAUGUCCCCACAGUCCAACCAACUUUGGUGCACUCUCAGCCUCAGACUGCAGCCCUGCCUGGGCAGACACACGCCCACAGUGACUGCGAGCCCAGAUGUGAGCACUCCUCUGAGUCGCAGUGCAAACCAGACGACAUCCAAGCUCUGGAAAUGAAGCUGCGCUCUCUCUUCAUGGACCUCGGAGGCGGGGUGCCUUCCACCCAGGGAGACAUCAUAGCUGCUGAUCUGGCUGCUGUGGCAGGUACCUCGUCACCAGUAGGCCCUUGCUCCACCUCCACCACGUCUGUCGCAGCAUCUGGCUCCAGCCAGUCAGCCAUUCCUCCUCAACCCCCUUCCAGCCUGGCGCUGGGAUCACUGGGAUCCCCUGCUCCAAUCCAGGGCCCUGGGACGCCUGUCUUCACCCCUGCACAGUCUAUCAUCCCUGUCUCAUUAGGCCAGACCACUCCAUCCAAAACGCCCUUAUCCAGAGUACCGGCCAGUUCUCCUCCUUCAGAACUCCCGCCACCCUUCCCUGGACCUUGUGUAAUACAGUCUCAGCAGCCUCUGGAGGACUUGGAUGCCCAGUUAAGGAGAGCGUUGAGUCCAGAGACUGUUCCUGUGGGCGGUCAGGCCUCCCACAUUAGUGUGGCUUCAGUUGGACAACCAGUUCCUUUUCCAGUGGAGGAAGAAACUUUGUCCUCUCCUGUUCAUCCCCCUCAAACUCAAUUAGGACGAUUUAAGGUCUCACGGGCUAUCGAAGAGCCCGCUGUCCAGCGACCGGCCUGCACCGAGUCUUCCUCCACCACCUCCUCCACUUCAUCUUCUUCAUCAUCCUCUACUCUCUCGAGCCCAGAGAACACAUUGCACAAAAACUCCUCGUCGCCUCUGAAAGCGGUAGGAGCAGGAAAAACAGGAGACGUGGUGGACGGGCCCCCUCACAAGACUCCCGUUGGAUCCCACCACCCCUCCCCUCUAACAUCCCCUUGCCCCUCCCCCAAACUGCCCACCACCACCAUAGGACGCUUUCAGGUUACUCCUAAACCCGAGGCCCGCGUUGGUAGAUUCUCAGUCAGUCGUGCUGAGGAGCAGAGUCCUCCACCUGCUGCCAAAGCUGCUAAUGGACCCAGCGAUCCUGGCCAAGUUUUGACCCCAGAUUCUACCCAUAAAGCCUCUCUGCCAAGUCUAAACAACUCCUUCAAUAACUCCUACAUCAGCAGUGACAAUGACUCGGAAUUUGAGGAUGAGGACUUCAAACGGGAAGUCACUCGCCUCAGAGAGAAGCACAUGCGUGAGAUUCAGGAACUUCAAUCCCGCCAGAAGGAGGAAAUAGACCGUCUGUUCACCAGGCUGGGAAAGGUUCCUCCGCCUUCAGUGAUCCCUCCUGUUUUGGCCUUGACUGGCAGGAGGAGACGGCCCACCAAAAGCAAGUCAUCGAAAUCGUCCAGAACCAGCAGCAAGAGUCCAUUACAGCCAGGCAGCACUUUAUCCGCCCAGAGCGUCCCGACUAUGUACCCCGGCCAGCUGGCUCUGCUAGCCCCAGGAGGAUUAGCCGAUUCGAACAGCAGCACUCUGCUCCAGCCCCUCAAACCCUCUCCCUCCAGUGACAACCUGUGUUCAGCCUACACCAGCGAGGCGGCGCUCUCUGUGCCCAGCCUAUGUGCUCCCACCCCAGGCUGUGUAAAGUUCAGCUGGGGUUCGGAGCGUUUGGCCUUCAAGCCUGGCGGCAGGAGGACGCGCUUUCUGAGUACGCCCUGCUUGGCUCUUUGGAAGAUGGUGAAAAAAGUCUGCCCCUGCAACCAGCUCUGUAGGACUAAUAGCACCAAUGCAGUGAGCGGUUCAGGUGGUUUGGGUCAAAGCCAGGGGGGUUCUCAGUAUCUGGCCCCCAACAUGCCAGCCCCACACCAGAGGAAAGGAACCUUCACCGAUGACCUUCAUAAACUGGUGGACAACUGGGCCAGAGAUGCCAUGAACCUCUCACAGGGUAAGAGGAGUGCCAAACAGCUGCAGCAGGCUCCGGUGCAGGGACACAGCUAUGAGGUUAUCCAGUCAGCCAGUCUGGGCAGGAAGUACUCCGCUCCCAGCCAGCUGUGUCCCAGCAGCAUAGGUGGUUCAGCCCACAUCCCAACAAACUCCAGCACCGCUACCUCUCUGGCUGCCCGAAAGGGCUCUUUAUGCCAACCUCCUGCCUCCUCCACUCCACCCCAACCCCAGCUUCCCCAGUUCAUCCACUACACCCCAACUGCUGCCUAUAGUGCACAAUGGUCUGGUCCGGCUCACAGCCUGUCCACCCCACACCAAGCACCAACACAGCCUCUGCUGGUCAGUACCUCCCAACCCCUGGGUCCCUACCCCACGCCACAGGGCCAGAUUCCAGGCCAGGGGCCACUCCAAGCUUUCCAUGUGACCAAUACCCUGCAGAAAUCAGUCAGUAACCCGGGAGGACCCAACUUGAGGACCACGUAGGGCUCAGAGUCGAGGCCGGUUUAAAUCACGGCCUGAGAGGACUGGUGUGAAGUGGAGUGUUCAUCGCUGGAUUGACUAGAAAGUGUGAUUGAUUUUAUUUCUUUUGUUGGGAGAGGAGGGGUUGAGACGGGGGUAGGAAUUAAAGUGUGCAUGAGAAGCCACUUCAGGCUGCACUUCAAAGAAAAGAAGUGCAGCCUUUCUGCUGUGGGCUUGUAGCAAAAGAAAAAGACUCAGAGUACAAUGAUAAAAGGCCAAAGAGGUUCUGACAGGGUGUGUGGGCUUGCUGUCAAUAACUGUCUGCAUGUUUGCUCUAAUAGCUGGUUUACACUUGUUGGAUUUCACGCUCUGACAUGAGUUAACAUAUCUUUACAUAAUAUGGGUUAGUGAGUCGUGCUUACUAGACAGAAGACAUUACAUCAGGCUCAGGAGGAGGAAGAAUGUGGUAGCCAGCUUUUACAAAAUCCAACUUGAGCCUUUGUGUCCGUGCAGUACCUUCUCAUCAGUUCCUGCUGGUACUGAUUUUAAGGCCUCUGCUAUCCAUGUUUAUCAGUCUCUGCUAGAAAUCCCAACAAAAAAACGUGCAAAUAUGCAUUUCUUCUAUUGGGGGUGAGCAUUGCAUUGCAUAGUCCUCACAUUAACCGAUAUUGUUGCUUAGUGUUAGGAAUCAAAAUCAUCAGUGUUUCUGACAGCAGUUAGCAUCCUUAAAUCAAAGGAUUACAGGAGGAGAUGCAAAUGGCAGCAGAUAGAAGGGUGAGCUGAGAGCAGAAGACGAGUCCGCAUAACUCUAAUCGAAUGUUUCAGGAAGUCGUUUGGAAGUCGGAGAGCCUUCCUAACCUUUAAAAGCACAAAGCGAGUCAAGAUUAAAUCAAAUACAUAUCGAGACUAGAUGUAGCCCAGCAUCUCCGCCGUCUUCUUCUCCCCCCUCCCCACCGCUCAGUGUGACAAAGUAUUCAAGCAGGUAGAGAGAGAUGGAAGUGCAUCUGCUUCCUGUUUCAGCUCACUUUAUGUCGAUGGGGGUCCCAAACGGGCAGAACAGAUGCUUCACGACUUCUUUCGUCCCUCUCUCUUCACCUCCCUGUUGCAAUUUGAAGCAAUAACAGCAGAAACCUUUUAGAAGAGGACAAAAAAAGCCCGAACACAAGAGAACUCAGUGUGUAAAAGUGACCUUGUUAUCAAGAUAAUAUCCAUGUAUAGUUUGUGUCUGUUUUUUUUCGAAUGUCUGCUACGAUGAUUCCAUUUUUUUUGUGUGUGUCGUCGGGUUGGUUCCCUUGUUGCCCCCUGCCCCACCCACCUACCGCCACCCCAGCUAGCAAUCGGACGCAUACACAUUCACACACCCACGCAACUCUUAUGACAUUCAUAUAGAUACACAAAGCCGCAUACAGUCAUUCACAGGCUCAUGUAAAUACACUCACGCGUAGUUGGAGGUGUAGCAGCUGUCAGACUCAUGGGCCGUGCCUCAGUUCUUAGUGUCAUAAUUAGGUCGGUUUCAAUAUCUGGGUUGAAAUGCAAUGUACAUUAUUGUCAUAAUUAUUGUUGUUAAUGAUUGUUCUAUUUAAAAAGAAACAAAAAACAAAACCGUGUUCUGUCAAUGGACCUGUUAUAUGUGCACAUCGCUGUAUGAUGUGGAGACACUGUGAUUAUUGUUGUUUGUUAUUAGCAAAUGUUGUUGGACAACAUUAGUUUUAGGGUGAAUUUAAAAACACACAAAAAAAAAGCAUAUUUAGAAUAGUUUUUUGGGGUCCUUUCGCUUUCAAUUCACAGCUUUCCACAAACGAAUUUUUGGAGAUCGGUAACCCCUCUCUCUCUUUCUCUUUUUUUCAAUAAGCGUCCUUCUGUCAGUUUACUGAGGACACACUUCCAAACCAAUGCCUUACCAACAACUAAUCAAUCUGUUUUUUCAGGUCAUCUCUAUAAAUGGGUGAAUUGAAAGCCGAAACUGACCUGAGUAUAAAGACAAACCGGCGUGAACGCCAGGAUAGUCGAUAUUUAGAUAAUAAAGUAAAGCUAGCUAUUUUUUUCUUAAUACAGUACUUGUCUAUCAGACACUUUAAAUAGCCCUCCUCUUCCCUUUCUCCCCUGGUUUUGUUAGAUGAAUGUGAAUGUAUAAAAACCAAUGGUGUCCAUUUUUAAUGUACUUGAAAAAAAAAUCCCUGUCUUUUAUUUUCGCUUGUCUUCGCUACCCCUGACCCCUCUAGAGCCUCUAGUGAUGGCUGGAGGUAUUAAACUAGUGCCUUGCUUCCUUCCUGUUGCUUCUCCAUUGGAGGUUAAAGUGAGCACAUUGAACAGAAUGUGUGGAGGAUAUAAGGUUGUUGCUGUGAAGUUUAGCGGAUGAGGCCUGCAGUGUAUAUGUGCGCGCACGUUUAGGCCGGCUUGUGAUGAUUCCUCCUGAGUGUAUUUUCUGCAAAAUGGGGAAAUUUGGAGUGAAAUGCUCUGCUGCCGUUUGAACGAAGGUUGAGAUUGACGUCCAAAGACGGAGAAAGGCAACCGUUUGUUAUCAGUGUUGUUUCUAUUGCUGUAUAUUAUUAUUUUUUUCUUCAGUUUUAAGGAGGGAGUUUAUUGAAGAUUGUAUUCGAAGCUUGGACCACUCUGUACUUUGACCCGAGUGCAGCAUACUUGCGGGGAGAGCAUGCCGUGGUACAGUGACAUAAUGUUCUUUUUAACGUGAGAUCAGCUGAUAUUAAAGACUCGUUUUAGCUUUCUGUCAGGAUUUGAAACUCCGAGACCAUCAGAGCUAACCAGGAAUGUGAUAUAGGCCAUGAUGUCGCACUCUACUGUCAGAAUAAUUUGGGUUUACUGAAAUCUUGUGAGAAGUGCAGGCUAAUGGCCCUGUUUCGGUAUGUCUGAAAUCUGUUUAUACUUGGCGUUAAAAUGUAUCUGGAGGGAUCAGAUCACAUCUGGAUGUGGCACUAAAUAUAAAAAGGACCACCAAGGCACACUGUGAUAGGCUCAAGGCACACUGUGAUAGGCUGAGGUAGUCUGCAGUGCAUCAGGCCACUUCUUUUGAAGUGUAAAUAUCGUUGGGACCUGAUGCAUCCCCCUCAAGGACUUCAGAGGAAAGCAUGUCACCAGUGCAAGAUGUACAGUAUAGGUCCUUUUUCCUAUUGUUCUGCCUCCUUUGCAAGUCACAAAUGAAAUAUCUGUGUUUGUUUGCUAGUCUUUAACUAUCUAGCAGAAGUCACAUAUACAGGAAGUAUCCAAGCAGUCAGCUGGACACUUUCAGACAACAGCUGUAAUCUUGUGAUCCGGUCAUGCAUUAGAUGCAUUAGUCAAACUGAGUCUAAAAAAGGUUCGGUAUAUCUAAAUAAGCAGCAACCUAACACUUGAAAAUGCAACUUUAAAAAAAAUGUAGCCAAAAACAUGGUUGAUGCAUAUAGAUACUCUGUGACAUCAUCUUUUUCUGAUACAUUUUAAACUAGUUGGAAGUAACUAGCUGGAAGAAUGAAAGGAAUAAAGAAAAACAAGGCAGUACUUUGUCAGGACCCAUAAAAAUUCUGCAGUGGUCUUAUAACCAACGAUGCCAUUUUUUAUGAGGAAAAAUAUUAACAAGGCUGCACAGUUGUCAGCUGUCUUUACAGACAUUGAAAAACAAACAAAUAAAAGUCAGCUUUAACGAGUUUUUGAGUGAAGGUAUGACAGAGAUGAUGGCAGUCAUGAUGAUUGAUGGAUUUAAGGGAGUACGUGCAAAGCAUCUGGCACACUCUACUGUUUUUUGUUUUUUUUUUAACCUGUAACACAAAUUAAACAGUUGGUACAAACUUCAAAGCUUUGCAUCUUUCCAUUGCUUUUUGCCAGAUUGUGUGUAAGUUACUUUGUAAAGUUUGUGCAAAAGAGCAUAGAUCUUUUUUCGUUAUAUUCCUUGAGAAAAAUAACGCGACGUUUUUUUUACUACUUGGCAAGUUUGGUUGAAGCUGUGAAUAGUCAUUGAGCCACUUUGCUUCUGAGUUCUCAAUAUAAGCAUUCUGUCAGACCUUUAAUGAUGCCACAAACUCAGUGCCAUUUGAUUUUAUUUUUUUUUUGUCAGUGGAGGAAAAAAGUGGCGUAGUUACCUGCUUUAAUUCACUGGAGCUGUUUAAUUUGCCAGGUAUCAUCCUGGAUCUGCACUUUGCAGCUGCAGAUUUGAGGUUUGGUCAUAUUUUACUGUCUCUCUGUUACGCAAUGAUUACAAUAAAAGGAAUACCUGCUGCGCUGCAAUGCCCUUGCAUGCAAUAUUAAAACUGUCACUUUAAUAAUAUCAAUAUCAAACUGAGAUUACGGUAGGUUUUGACGGCUAUGCCCCUGCUGGAAGUGGGUGCAGUUAUUGUGAAGUUUUGGAGUUGUCGUGGAGGAAUUUUACUGUGAAAGGCUCGAAAGUUUUCCAGCACAGGCACUCUUAUUGUGAAGUUUCCUCGAGUUAAAGUGGAAAAGUAGGAUUGUGUGUUUCAGGAGAGGCAUGCACAGUGUAGCAAUAGUUUGAACUCGCUUGCAUUAGAAUCAGUUUCCUGUUGAUGUGUUUUCCAGUUUUCGCCUCUUCAGGACUCGCUUACCCUUUAUGCUUUUCACUGUAGAAGUGCCCACAUGUAAAAAACAAACAAAAGAGAGAGAAAAACAACAAUAAAAGAGAUUCUGCCUUUCAGCGCGCACACACACACACACAAAGCCACAGUCACAGAUACAUGCAACUCCUCGCUGUUUUAUGUAGCUUGCUCCUGUGAAAUGAUGUCUUGAAAACAGCAACAGUUUCUGUGAACGUUGCUGAAAAUAUGUCGAUUUUGUUUCUUGUCUCUCUCCACUCUCACAUUUUGUUUUUUUGAAUUCUCACUUGUUUUAUGUGCCGUUUUACUGUCUCUACCAGCUCCUAAUUUAAUUCAUUGCUUUCCUUUUUCUGUAUCGUGGUUGACGUUGUUCAAACGUGGUCGGAUUUUAAGUAAACAAAUAUGGAAGAAUGAAAGAGAAUAACAAAAAAUAAAUAAAUACAUGUAAGGAGUCAUCGACAGCCUUUAAUGGUAUGUUUUGCACUAAGUAUAGAGUGUUCAAGCUUCUUAUUAAAAACAAAACUUUGCGCUUUGCGCUACAAUACAAUAAAUUUGUUACUUUAUUUGUAAAAACUUAAUAAAUAAAAGUUGUUUAAAUGAA